AUGCUGCCUGAUCCUGCUCAGGUAGCUCAGUCAGUGGAGCUGCAGAAUGGUAAAAAGAUGGUCAUAGGUUACAUUCGUAUCUUCUUGUGGUAUGAAUUUAUUCUGUAUCUCUCUGCAAAUCACCGAAAGAGUGCUGUAGAGUUACUGGAGGAAUCUAAAGGGUCAUAUGUUAAAAGCACAAAAGUACUUAACCAUAAACAAGAGCUGAAACAUCCAGAAAACCUCUCUGUUGGAAACGGGGAAGUAUUGUCGUUACCAAUAACUGCUGGAAAACAUUCCCCAUCAGAUGAGGCUUCUGGUCUAUCCAAGGAUUGUAACAGACCAGGAGAACGUGACAGCAGCCGAUCUCCACCAGCAUUCCACAAAGACAAUCUCCAGCAAAUCUCCAUCGACUCCAGUUCUCCGUUAUCUGGGAGGAAAUUAUCUGUGAUAUCAUCUGUAUCCUCAUCCAUAUCUCAGUCUUCAAAAUCUCCAUCAGUAGGCAAAAAGUUGUCAGUGACAUCCCAAACUGACAUCAAACAGACCUCAACAUCUACUAGUUUAGUAACAGAGACGGAACAUUCUACUUCUCUAGGGAAAAAGUUGUCAGUCUCAUCAUCAUUUACAUCGUCAGUGUCUCAUUCAAGUUCUCACAGUCAUUCCAAAGAUGAGGUUGAUGGUUCAAGCUUCAAGACCCCAUUGACACCUCCUCCGGUACCCAGCCAUAAACCAACUGUGCCUCCAAAGCCUGGCUCUUCUAGCAAGCCUACAACACCACCUAAACCAGGACCAAAGCCCUUAAAUCACCAAACUCCAGAUAAGCCCAUACCUCCUCCUAGACCAGUUCGUAGAUUGGUCAAGAGCAAUAAUACAGAAAAUAAUAUAGAAACAUCAGUGGAAGCAAUGGCCUCUUCUGAUAAGAAGCCUACUCCUAAUGUGAAAAGCCAAGCAUCUGACAGUCCAGAUCAGAAGAGAUUCUCAUCAGUAUCAGCAAGUGCUUGUGAAACUUCCUCAAAAGACAAAAGUGAAAAAUCUGGGCCCUUAAGACACAGUAUUCAUUCCCAUACUGAAGGAUUUUUAAAACCUCUAUGUGUAAAUUCUCUAAGUACAUCUGUGGGAGUUCUUGUUGAGAGGCAUAGAUCACCAUUACCUAAACCCCGCAUUGAUAAACAAUUAAACGAAAUAGAAUUACCACCACGACGACAACUUCACAGGUCGCAGUCAGAUUUAAGUAACUGCCGACACUCUCGGACAAGUUCUGACUUUUCUGACUUGAGUUCUCGCCUUUCAAGGACUAGUACAGAAGUUGAAAGAUUUUUCAAUGAAAUGGGGAUCGAUAGAUCAGUUCUUGAACCUAUGAGGAGGUUGUCUGAAACUAAACAUAAAGAUCUUUUGGAUAGUUUUAGUUCUUUGGAUUCUUUAGAAGCACAUAGUCUUUCUAGUAGACUCUCCAAUGAUCUGGAAAGAAUGCCUAUGGAAAGUGAGCAGGAUCUAAGUGGUCGUGAUGCAGGGACAACGUCUGUUGUAGAGAGAAACGCUCGGAUAAUCAAGUGGCUGUGCAAUGUUAAAAAAGCUAGAAACGUGUUAGGGAAACCUGUCAAGAAAAAGUCAGAGGCGUCCUGAAAUUGGGAACAAUUUAAUUUGCAUAUUUUAUGUAUCUCAUACUGUCUAACAGACUGCUUGUUAGUGACUAUAUAUUUUGUUUGUAAAUACGAUGAUUUUUAUUCCUGUAUCUCUAAAAAGAAAGACAAGUAUAAUCAAUGUUUAUUUGAAAAUAUUUGUACACAUGAGUCACACAAUGAAUUAUUUAGGCACGUAUUGUAUACUUCACUCUUAUAUUAUAUCAUUGUGGUGGAUGCACUUUGGUUAAUUACAGAUUUCUUUGCAUCGUCAGACUGAAAAUUACAUUUGCGUGGGAUCUUUUACAAUGAACAGAUUUUAGACAGUAUUGGUUCUAUUGCAUGUUCAAAUAGCUUUCAGACUGAUUGUGUAACAUUGGGGAUGUGAUGUUUGUGAUGUCGAAGACUUGAUUUGAUUAGAAAUUAGCCCUGAUUUUUUGUGUACAUAUUUACAAUCAUCUGUGAUAAAAGCUUAAUGGUCUCCUAUAUUGUUAUGUGCUGCCUUAUCCUUAUCAUUUCAUGUGCAUUGUUAUAUGGAGACCUGUAAAAGUUUUAAAUGCUUUUAAAUAAUAUCCAUCUCUUUUAAGUUCCAUGUACUUAAAUCACGCUAAAAUGACAUUUGUAAAAGUCCCAGCAUGAAUUUCUAUAUAAAUUCUAUAUAUAUUGGGAUUGAGGCACAAAUAUAUCUAUAUAUGUUGAAUGAAAUUGAGACGCUAACAGAAUUUUAAAACUAGUCACGUGACUUGAACAAACUCUAAUAGUUACAAUAACAGAUAGUGUGGAUAUUGUAUGAUUGAAAUAAGUCUAAGCCAUUCAUUUGGCAUGUUUUUUAACGUUUCCAGAGUUCACUGCGACAACUAUUGUGAAAUCUUAACGCUCUAACCUGACCCACGAGGGUCAAGUUAGAAAACCACCAUUUGAUUCUUUAUAAGGAGAAAAGUUUUUGUUCCUGUGACUGCCUAGUGUAUUCAUUUUGAGGACAUUUAGAGAUUAAUGAAUGUAAAAUUUGAAACGAAGAAAUGAAAAUUUUGCCUGUGUAUCCCUUUAAAGCAGCAUGCCUCCUGGAGUUAACAGAAAAUUUGCCAUAACAAUGUACUAAUAUUUAAAAAAAUCUCUUCAAAUACAUAGAGCAGAUGAAAAGAAUUGAAAUAUUUCUUGAAAAAGUUCAUAUUUUGAUAUGUUUGCUUUGAAAAUAAACAGUCUGCUUUUCAGCCAUAGGGAUAUACCUUCUUAUAUUGUACUAUAGAAUUAUUUCAUUAUCUGUUUUGUUUCUAGUACCACAUAAUGGUAAAGAACUAUAUCUGGAUCCGUUAACCAGGAGGCAAGGGAUCCAGGAUUGUAUCAAACUUAGAGGGAAACAAAUAAACUGCUUUGGUUUUGUCAUUUAUUGUAAUUUGUGGCACUAAAAAGUUGUAAUUAAUUAUUUACAGUAUAUGGAUGUAAACUUAAUCUUAAUUAACAUACAUAUUAACUAACUUUAAAAUACUAUCACAGAACCAAGGCUUGAUAUCUAAUUCUUUGUUUUAACUAAUUAUCAGGUUCAUGUGGAUUAAAAAACUUAUGUUUUGUAUAUACAGUAUUUUAAGUCUUUAAAGAUAAGAUUUAUAUAAAAAUUAUCAAACAACAAGUUGUUGAGCAAUUCUGUACGUUAUUAUUAUAGAGUAAAAGGGUACAAAAUCUUUUGAUAAAGUUACUGUAUUUGAUAGUUUAAUUUACUGUUAUUUUUUACUCUUAAAUCAGCAUUAUACUGAGGAGACAAAUUUAUCUGAGAACUAUGUGUAAAUACUUGUACUUUGUUAAUAGAUCAUUCUCUUUAAUACCAUAGUGUUCAUAUAAUACUUAUUAUGUUUAUUUAGAAUAUUAUGUUAAACUCCUUGAAGGUGCAUACAACCAAACUAAUUCAAACUAUUGCUUUGUCCUCACUCUAUGCUGUUAGCUGUUCAAUAUUGCUGUUUGUUAAAAUGUUUGUUCUUUUGUAGAAAAUAUGGGGGCAUCAGUGUUCUGUGAACACAUUUUUGGUUUGUGUGGGAUUUUAUUUUACAGAAGGACCAGUCCAUUAAACAAUAUCAAAGAGAAUGUGUUUUAUGUAUGAUGUUGUAUAUUGAUUCAUAUCACAAAAACUUUUUCUAGCUUCAUUUGUGACCAUCAAGCUAUUCUGUUUAGAGACAUAAUAAGCUCACUGUUUGCCAUGAAGUGAUUGAUUGUUUGAAAUGUCAAAUAUUUAAGUCAGCAACAGUCUUGUUAAAAAUUCAGAAAUAUUUUGCAGAUUUUAUGUACUUGCCGUCCAUAACUUCUUUUUAUCACACAAAUGAAUUUUCUGUUCUAAUUUUAAUCAUUAAUUAUGUAUUGCCUUAUUUCUGUUUAUGAUAAUUUCAUAAUUUUCAUAUAAGGUCAGAAAUCCUGCUUUGAAUGUUGUACAACAAAUAUGUAGGAAAUAACUCAAUAAAAAAAUAAACUGUAUUUGCUACUGGAUAUCAGUUUUACGGUAUCAAUUUUUUACACUUUUGGCAAUAACUUAUAGUGAUGGAGCAAUAAUUAUACACAUCAUUUCCUCUUGGAAGGGGACCAAAUCAAUACACCAUAGACUGCUUAAUUUGUUUCACAUUUUUACUAUGUUUUGUUUCAGAGUUGAAGAAUUUCAUUAAUAACAAAAUCCAUUAUAGAAACAGUUUCUCAUUAUGAAAAAUAGAUACAUGUACUUUAUUUACCUUUGUAAUGUAUGGUUUGAAAAGUAAAGGAAAAUUGUGAUGAAAAUCAUAUUUAAGUUUUGUUUAUAGAAGAAUCAUUCUGAUAUGAUCAUAUGUCGAUAUCAGAUGCCAGUCUUUGUGUACAUUCAGAAUGAAAAUGAUGAUGAAAAUUGUAUUAAGUUUAAUUCAUAGAAUUGUUAAAAUGCCAGCCAAUAUGUAUAAGUAAUGAAUGAAUUCAGCUUUUUAUGUUUUAAAAUUUAAAUUUUUUUCUUUGGAUGGUCUAGAACUAGGGAAAGUGUUUAUCUUAAUUUCUUGUUAACACCCAAUUUUAACGAUCCAUCUUUAACCAGCAUUUUUAUUGGCUGAUAUAUGUUUUGAUUAUUCUGGCAUAACAGAUUAAGGAUUAUCUUUUACUUGUACUUAAGAUAAAAAAAAAUUAUAAGCAGGAAUUGGCAUCACUUUAAAUACUUUUAUAGAAACUCUUACAAUCAACAUUCAGGUAGCUGUAAAUGUUUGAAUUGUUUAGUCUACAACUUGCAAUAUUGUUCAUGAAUUUAAGAUGAUUCCUAAAAAAAUGGUUGGUUGAAAGUAGUGCAAAGCCAAUACAGUUUGAUUUUACUUCAUAUAUAUGCUGAAUACAAUGUUUGUUGAUUUUUACUUUUUUUUAUCAAUCACUGUUUUUAACUGCAAUUUACAUUGUGUAAUUUGGGUUAAGCCUACAAGUAUGUGAUAAUUUUUAUGGUAUACACAAAUCUGUGAUUCUUCAGCAAAAUAAAAUGCCUUUCCGUUCUGUAAGCAUUUAGUCUGUAUGUAUGCAAAUUAUCUUUAAUUAUAGAAUAAGUGCUCCUCUUUCAAAACGGCUUUGCUUCUUUUCUUUUGGCAUGUGAUAUCAAGUUGACAAUAUGAAGCCUAGUGAGACUGUCAGGUGUUCAGGCUGGCCUGGCUCUAUACUAGUGGCAAACAGAUUAUCACUUUAUGUUCAAGCCGGUUAAGGGUUACUUCUUAUUUCUUAAGUUAAUACACAUACAGUAAUAUUUUGCUGUUACUAAUUUUACCACAACUGCAACCAUUUUUGCAAGGAAUUGGCAGUAUAAAUUUGUUUAUAAAUUUUUAUAGAUUCUAUAUAAUUUUAGCAUAAAAAUGUUUCUAUAUUUUGUGUUACAUUCUAUGAAAAAUCCAUUCAAAAUUUUUGAGGACUAGACUGAAGUAGGAAUGUGUAGUCAUCAUACAAUAUUUUUAGAUGGCCUAUCUAAAACAAAAAAAGUAAUAAAAAAAAACAACAAAAAGGAAAAUAACAGAAAAUAUCAAUAUGCUUUUCUUGACAGUGAGAAAUUUUCUUACAUUAUUGAAAAUUAAUGAAAAGGACAUUAAUCAAUGCUCACAAUAUGUUACAGUAAGACUAGAGUUGUUGCCCUUUGAUUGUUAAAUUUUACAAUGGCACAAAGACCAUUGUGUUCUUUUGAUUACAAUUAAAAAUCAAAAGAACAACAAAAGUACAUUAACUGAUCUUUUUUUAUAUUUAACCAUCUUGCUAGUUUAGUUUAUUGUUUUUGACAUAAACGACAGAGAGGAGCAUUUAAACAUUAUUAUGUAUAUGUAUGUAUAUGUAAGAUAAAUCAUUACAUCCUUGGUUGUUAAUUAUAACAUUGUGUUUUAUUUACAGAAUUAUAAUUUUUGUUAACAAUUUUAUGCAAAUCAAAAUGGGAUCAUGUUUCAAUGAAAUAUAUCAUUAUACAUAA